CUGGGGUUGAUCUGUGACCCCGACCCACUGAGGCUGAACAUCCACCCCAGACUGAAGGGAGCCACCAAGAGUGGGGCGCUAGACCGGGUAGUCACUUCCAAGGUUCCCAGGUUGUUUACUGGACCACCGCAUCGCACCGCUCGCCGGCCAGCCAGCCAGUCUCUCAAUCUGAAUCUGUCGUGAGUCGUACAACACACGCCCACGACCACGCCCACACACCCACACCCACCCACACCCUCGCCCACCCUUUCUCUCACCCCUCCCUCCGGGACCCAUGAUAUUCAAUCUGCCACCCUCGUCCUUGAUCCUGCCGCACCACCCGCCGUCUGCGAGCAUCGCACAGGCGCAAGGUCGGCCAUAGCUCCCAACAGUCCGUCCGCCUCACCACACACACACAACACCGGCGGCCACACCGCAACAUGCCCAUGAGUCCAUGAUAGCUAUAUCUCUAUUAUUCUGCUGAGCAGCCCACUGGCAUUUGACCAAAUACUCUUUUGCAAAACACGCCUGGCCGUUCGCUUUGCAGGCCAUACACUCGCUCAACAACAACUCAGCUUAACUCAACCCAACCACACAGCGCAGCAGCGCAGCAGCGCAGCAGCGCGUAUUGUACGCACCAGCACCAGCACCAGCACCGAACCGGGACCCAGACCAAGACCUGCGACCUCGACCUCGAUCCGUCUCCAACCCGCGAACUAAGAUGCUGCUGAGUCGGUUGAGUUCCUGUCACUAAACAGCUCGCUUCAUUGCCCCACCGUCGAAAUGGCGACUGCGCCUCCGGGCCUACCUCAGCGGUUUCCUUGCUGGUGCAGGGCGGUGUAUUCUUACGGAGGAGAGUCAAAACGAGAUCUUGGUUUCAUAGAGGGCGACCUGAUCGAAUGUCUCAAUGCCGGCGACGGAUCGUGGUGGACGGGCAGACUGCGCCGAGACAGGAGAAUGGUCGGCCUCUUCCCGUCAAACUUCGUCGAGGUUCUCCCAGAUGACUUCAGACCUGUCAGCAGGUCGACAAGCCCCAUGCCCGUGCCCCAGAGCACUCCAAGUCCCAAGAACACCCCGCAGAAACAAAAGACCUUCCGAAAACCAUUCGAGGCAUAUUCCAAAGCGCCACACUAUACCGCCGCAAAGCAGCCCGAGACCUACAGACAGAGCCCCGUGAGGCCAUCGCAGGACCUCUCCUCGGCACCACCGCCAGCAAGAUCACCAUUCAGGCAGUCCAAUCGCAGUGUGCAGUCAGACAUAGACAGGAUACAGACACCGCCUCGAAUCCGUGGCUAUGGGUCUAGGCAGCCCUCACCAGCCCUCCUCGGACCUGCAUUCGCGCCUGCACCCUCGCCUGUGCCUUCGUUCAAUGGGCGUUUCCAACAACCACAGUUCACUAACCCCUUUGACGGCCAGGAUGAUGCCCCACCCCCGCCGCCUCCUCAUCGACAUGUCGGUGUCCAAAAGCACGGUCCCAGCCUUUCAUAUGACAGCCAUAUACAGCCAAGGCUUUCGGGAGAAGUUAGCAGGCAUGGCUCAACCCUCUCGUACGACGCAAGGAUACCAGCCGAGCUCAGAAGACAUGGCUCCCGCGCCUCAUAUGACAGCCGAAUGCAGCCCGAACUGAAUCGGCAUGGUUCUCACGCGUCUUACGAUGACCGCGCCCAUCAAGAUAUCAGCAGGCAUAGUUCGCUUGCUUCUUAUGACGACCGGGUCGGGUUUGAGCGGCGUGGGUCACAUCUCUCGAUGCACCAGCCAGCCCCGAUGCAGCAGCCAAUGUCAGGUUAUCAUACGCCCCGGGCGGCUUCUCCUUGCCCCCCCUCUCCUGGAGGAUCCGGCGUUAACAUGACCCCUUCCCCACUCAGAGAGGCCAUGGACGGCGUGAUGGAGCAACUGGACGCCCUUGGAACGCACGAGGCGGAGUCGCCCGAGGAACCAGCAUUCGACCCGUGGUCCCCCGAGUCCUUCGACAUGGUCAACCAGCAGUCACGACGGAAGCGGAGGGAGGCCACAAGACCCCAGACCUCCAUCGGCAUGGCCUUACAUCCCGAUUCCGGCUAUGGUACUGGAAGCGGCGGUUCCUCCCGGGAGCCCACCUAUCAUGGCGGUUACCACCAAGAUGGACACCUGCCCCAGCUGAGCAGCUACGUGGAGCGGAUGGACGCACAGCUGCGCAACAUGCACGCACGCAACCCGGAGACGGCCGAUGAAGCUGAUUUAGAGCCUCCUCCCCCACCUCCUAAGAGCCGGUUGGUCGAGAGACCCAAAUCUUCCAUGGACACUCGUGCUGACGGCCCGGAACGCAAGCUACGACACAAGAGAUCAGCCAAGGAGGUCGGCAAGAUGAUCGGCCGGACAUUUACCACCAAGACGAACUCGUCCUCAAGCACCCGCGCAACCGAUAGCAGUACAGGCACACAGAGCACUAACAGGAGUCUGAUGAGCGGGAUCUCGGCUGGCGGUAUCAGUGCUACCAGCGCUGGCAGUCUGGCGCGCAAGACUAGGGGUCGCGCCCAGAGUGCGUUAGGAAUGCAUGACCUGGGACUGGACCGACCAGAAACCCCAUUCAGUGGGGUCACUUACCACAGUAGCCAUGCCUCCGAUGCUCAACGACCGAAAUCCCAAGCGGCCUUCCUGGACGAUCCGAUGGGCAAUGUCGGCGGCCUUGCUCCUCCAACCCCAAAGAAGAAGAACUUCCUGAAGAAGCUCAUGGACUCGGCCAAGACGGGGGUGGCAAGCGGGCGGUCCAGUAUCAUGACAGGCGGUAGCAGCGCCGGCUCUUUACAAUCGUCGCCAAUGCCCCCAACAAUGGCAGCAUCAUCAGCGGGGAUCUCCUCGGUUGGCUUUUCUAGCCCCGCCGUCGCCAAGGAUGCUUCCCGUGACAUGGGACUGGCUUCUGGUACGGACUGGGUCCAGGUCCGGCGGGAUGUCAACCGAUCAAAUACUCUGAGCCGAAAUGAAAGAAACGAGCGCAAAGAUAGGUGCAUGAUGCUUGACUUCCCGGCUCUCGACCCAGUGGACGAGCUGUACGGAAGUAUAGAGGGUGAUGAAGAUGCGGAUGGUCUACCUGUCCAGAGACCCAUGGACUACUCGAGCAUUAACUUCACGAACGUGGACAAGAACUCGCGUUUCAUUAAGAGCCUGCCACCCAUGACAACUGCGAUCACGCUGUCUACGACCUAUGUCUGCAGACCAUACAGAAGCGACGUGCAGCGAUUACGAGCCAUCUUCACCUGGGUUGCCGAAUUAGUUACCUGGGAGGAGGACUAUGAGGGGGAUGUUGACACACGUCGGGUCAUUCAGACAAAGCGGGGGUGUGCAGAAGAAUACGCGGUCCUAGUGAUGGAGAUGUGCGGUGCUGUUGGCCUGCACUGUGAGGUAGUGCGCGGUUACCUCAAGACGCCUGGCGAGAUUCCAGAGACCAACAUGCUACCCCGUCCGAACCACUGGUGGAACGCUGUGCUGCUCGAUGGACACUGGCGCAUCAUGGACUGCUGCCUCGCGAGCCCUUCCAACCCGAAACGUGCUCUCUUCUCCAGCGUUGGUAGUGGCUCUGCCGACUUUUGGUACUUUCUGGCCCGGCCGUCGGAGAUAUGCUGGACCCAUAUGCCCGAACAUCACGAGCAGCAGCACGUCUGUCCUCCCGUGGCCAAUGAGGUUCUGCUCAAUCUGCCGUGCGCCUGCCCGCCGUACUUUACCAACAGCUUGCAGAUGUUCGACUACAACACGUCCCUCACCCGUAUCGAGGACCUGGAAAUGGUGCACAUCAAGUUCAACGUUCCCGCCGAUGUUGAGGUUGCUGCGGAGGUCGAGGUCCGCGCCCUUAGUAGGGACGAGGAUGGAGACUUCUUCGAAAGCGGUGACUUGGUCAAGAAGCGUGCCCUGGCUCAGUGCGAAUGGUUCAGCGGCUCGAAGCGCUACACCGUCAAGGCUCUGCUACCUGGCGACGAGGGCCAUGGAACUCUCAAGAUCUACGCGGGCAAGCGUGGUCUGAUGCAUAGCAUCAAAGACAUUCCGCACCCCAUGGCAUUUGCAAUCCCCAUCAUCCACACCGGCGAGAACCCAGCCUAUGAGUUUGUGCUGCGACAUCCCACACCUCACGCACAGCGACACGAUAUCUACGUUGUCCAGCCCCAGUGUCAGCGCCUCGCGCUUAAUAACACCUUUGUGUUUGCCAUCCGGCAGCACCCCAGCUCGGCACCCGACACCCCGUCCUCCAACCUGGGCGGUGCUAGCCCCAUCCCAUUCGUGCGGCCGGGUUCAGCCAUGAGCAUCAGCGCGACGUCGAACCCGAGCAGUUACAGCGGCAGCGGGUCGGGCAGCAGCAAGCCGGCGAAACUGGCGAUCCAGACGCCCGGCGGCAAGAUCCUGCGGCUUAUGAGGAAGGAGGAGCGCCGCCACGGCGGCGCCGGCAUGGGAUCCUCGGCACGCGGCCUGACCAGCGAGGAGGAGGUCGGCGACGGGGGUACGUGGGAGACUAUCAUCAAGUGUUCUGAGCGCGGCGUCUGGAGGGGUCUCGUCCUUGCAGACCGGAUUGCGAAAUGGUGCGUCUUUGCGGAGUGGCAUUGCGUUGGAUGAUCUCGGUAAUGAACUUGUGGGCGAAUUUUCCACCCCAUCUUGCUUGGUGUUUGGGAGGCAAGGAGUUUCAAAAACUCAUAAUAUCUGGUAUCUCUGUGGACUCGCACUCAAUCGGCAUGUCUCAAACGGAGUCUCUGGCUGGUACUAUUUUCGGCUUGCAUGUCAAAACGGCGUUUGUUCUUGUCGACAUCAUCAAUCUUUGGAACAUGGAGACGAGGCCUGGAUGGUCUUGGUCAUCGGAGAAGAGAGAGAAGCGCGCUUGGUCGCGUGUGUACGUGAAAGGAAAGGGAAGGAGUUCCAAGGAUAUUCUGAUGCUGGAAUUUGUGGUCCAUCGGCCAGCCUGGUAUAAGCGAAGUUUUGGCGUCUUUUUUUUUCAAUAGGCCUCGAAAAAAAGGCAGCCUCUGGAAAACCAAGUGUACGAGAUAGCGCCCGUUCUGUAUGAGUAUGGAUAAUGGCACAGUAUCUGUUAAAACCA